GCAAGACACAAUAACAAAUCAUUACUAUGAUUAAAAAUAAAAUUCAAGUUUGACUUUCAGUAGUAAAUGAUAUGAUUUGAAAUGAGUUCAAUUUUCCUGUUCCCAAAUCCCAUUUGCCGUCCUCUUUCCUCCUUAAUUUUAUGACAUCUGGCACACAACUUAACAAUAAUUUAACUCUGUUAACUCUCUUCAAGCUUCAGUAUUUGACUGAUAAUGUUGAAGUGAAAAAAUAAAAUCCCAGCACUCACCCUUCGAACUUCAACAGCCACCCAGCACACGACCACCACACAACCCCAGCGGCGUCAACCUCUUAUCCUCCACAACCCAAUCACAAUUUUCCCGAUUCAAUUUCGACUUUCAUGACCAGUAAAAAAACAUAUAAUCAUACACAGAUAACAAAUCCAAACCAAUUUUCCCGAUUCAAUUUCGACUUUCAUGACCUGAAAAGAUGACACAUUGAAUGGAAAUCCAAAACCCAAAACUUCAAAGAAAAAACAAAGAAAGAGAAGAAACCUAGAGAGAACAAAAUGAACCCAAAUUCCCAAUCCCAUCAAGUGAUGCUGACAUGUCUGUCCCUCAUCAGACGAGGAGAUUGACGAUGUCGUUUGGGGUGAAGAAGGAGGAGAAGGAGGAGGAAGAAGGGUAGUGAGGACAGUGGUCGCUGAGAUUGACGGAGCGAGAGGCAAAGAGCAUGAGGGGUCAGUCGUGGGCCUCUUCUGGGUUCAUUUCGUGGUCGUCGGAGGUGGAGAGGUUGAUGCUGGGGUUGGGUUGUGGAGGAUAGGGGGUUGCCGCCGCUGGGGUUGGAUGGUGGUCAUGUGCUGGGAUUUUAUUUCUUUACUUCAAUUUCUUUUGUCAAACAUGUAUUUUAAUAUAUUUAAAUUAUUUUUUUUAAGAAAGGGCUGAAGCCUGAAGAGAGUUAACAGAGUUAAAUUAUUGUUAAGUAUGUCACAAGAAUAAGGAGGAAACAGGACACGGGAUUUGGUAACGGGAAAAUUGGACUCAUUUAAAAUACCCUACAGAAAAGAACAUUCAUGGCAAACAAUUGUUUCAAGUUCUUACAAAUCAUUUACCAUAACUCAACGGUGUGGAUAACCCCACUGUAGAAUUUUCUCGAUAUGUUUGGUCUCGCUUGUAAUCCACGGUCUGUUUUGUGACGUGGAAGCAAGGUAAAAGCCCCGGAUGAGAGGAGAGAGACGACUCAAGACCCAAGACUCAAGACUCAAGACCCAAGACUCAAGAGUUUCUGAACUGAAUUUUAUACUAAAUGGAUGAGAACUUAAUAAUGCACUCUUAUCUGAGCAUUGCUGAAAAUCACCAUCUUUCUGGCUGUGGAAGUAUUGGGUGUGGUAACUGAGCAAUGGGCUCUUGCAAAUCCCCUCAUGUUGUUCUUCUGCUAUAUGUCAUGGUUUGCAUUGUGUAUCAAUCUUUUGCUUUUGGAGUUGAUACGAACCAGACAGCAAAGCUGCUGGUAGAUGCUUCUGAAGCAUCAGGACGGCCAAUAUCUGAAACAAUGUUUGGAAUUUUCUUUGAGGAGAUUAACCAUGCUGGUGCUGGCGGGCUAUGGGCUGAGCUUGUAAGCAACAGAGGUUUUGAAGCUGGGGGCCCUAACGUUCCUUCCAACAUUGAUCCUUGGUCAAUAAUUGGGAAUGAGUCAUCUUUGAUAGUGUCAACGGACCGUUCUUCAUGCUUUGACCGCAACAAGGUUGCACUCCGAAUGGAGGUGCUAUGUGAUAGCCAAGGUGCCAAUAGCUGCCCUGAUGAUGGUGUAGGAAUUUAUAAUCCUGGGUUCUGGGGCAUGAAUAUUGAAAAAGGGAAGACCUACAGUGUUGUUCUUUAUGUCCGCUCAUCUGGAUCAAUCAAUGUGUCUGUAUCAUUGAUGGGCUCAGAUGGGUUGCAGAAACUUGCUGCUGCGAGCAUUAUAGCUUCUGGUUCAGAAGUUUCAAACUGGAAAAAAUUCAAAGUUAUGUUGGAAGCCCAAGGAACAAAUCCUAAUUCAAGACUGCAAUUGACAACAACCAGAAAAGGGUUUAUAUGGUUUGAUCAAGUGUCAGUCAUGCCCCUGGAUACAUAUAAGGGACAUGGAUUUCGGAAAGACCUUGCUGUAAUAUUGGAAGAUUUAAAACCUCAAUUUAUGAGAUUUCCAGGCGGCUCUUUCGUUGAAGGUGAAUGGCUACGAAAUGCAUUUCGUUGGAAAGAAACAAUUGGACCCUGGGAAGAGAGACCUGGACACUUUGCUGAUGUUUGGAUGUACUGGACUGACGACGGACUUGGUUAUUUUGAGUUUCUCCAAGUAGGUAUCUUUUUUAGUUCUGUCAUUCAAGAAUGCUUGGAGUUUCCUUUAAAAUCCUGCUUCUGUCGGUACCAGUUUUUGAAAAUUUUAUUUAUGCAGCUAGCAGAGGACCUUGGUACAUUGCCAAUAUGGGUAUUUAAUAACGGAAUCAGUCACAAUGAUGAAGUUGAUACUUCCAGUGUCUUACCAUUUGUACAGGAAGCUCUUGAUGGUCUUGAGUUUGCUAGAGGCAAUCCUAAUUCUACCUGGGGUUCUCUCCGUGCUGCAAUGGGACACCCAGAACCCUUUGACUUGAGAUAUGUUGGUAUUGGGAAUGAGGAUUGCGGAAGAAAGAACUACCUAGGAAAUUACCUUAAGUUCUAUAGUGCUAUAAAACGUGCCUAUCCAGACAUCAAAAUAAUUUCAAACUGUGACGGAUCUUCUCAAAAGUUGGAUCAUCCAGCUGAUUUGUUUGAUUUUCAUUUCUAUGCAGAUGAUGCCAAAAACAUGUUUUCUAUGGCUCAUCAUUUUGAUCAGACAUCACGUAGUGGUCCCAAGGCUUUUGUGAGUGAGUAUGCCGUCACAACAGGAAGUCUUCUAGCAGCACUAGGUGAAGCUGGAUUUCUUAUUGGGCUGGAGAAAAACAGUGAUGUUGUUGAGAUGGCAUGUUAUGCGCCACUCUUUGCAAAUGACAAUGGCAGGAACUCGAAAUUCUCCGCAAUCGUCUUUAACUCCUCACAUCUCUAUGGGACUCCUAGCUACUGGAUGCAAAGUCUUUUUAACGAAUCAAGUGGAGCAACUAUUUUCAAUGCAACACUCCAAACAAAUUCGUCUACUAAUCAAGUGGAGCAACUUCUUGCAUCUGCAAUUUCUUGGAAAAAUUCAGAAAAUGAGAAUAGUUACCUAAGAAUCAAGAUUGUGAACUUCGGAACAGACAUAGUGAAUCUCAAGAUUGUUGUGGACGGGCUGGAGCCGAAUUCCAUUAAUCUGUCUAAGUCGACCAAAACCGUGCUCACGUCAAACAACCCGAUGGAUGAGAAUUCCUUAAAUGAGCCAAAGAAGGUGAUACCGAACCGGAUUCCACUUGAAAAGGCUGGUGAGGAGGGUGAGGAUGUGGAGGUUGCAAUCUCGCCGUAUUCUCUCACUUCGAUUGAUUUCUUAAUCGAAUCAAGCUAGAGCUGAUUCUAUCUCUGUAACUUAAUUUAUCAUAUUUUUAAUAUGUGAUUGGUGGAAGAUUUAUAUUUUGCUAUAUAAGUAUCAAUAAAUAUAUACAUACAAUAAUAAUAUUGGGUUGGUAGACAUAUGUUUCAGUUCAGU